AUGCAAUCAGAGCUAGUCACUGGAAAUGCUUCUCCCAGAAUUGCACGUGAAAACAAACGUCAUCCUCAGAUGUUUGCUGUGCUUGUGACCUUCGAGACGUUCUUACAGGAAAAUGAGCAUGAUAGCUUGAGUUUGAUUCAUUCUUUGCUUCUCACCAAUCAAGCGGUUAGACUAAAUUUACUCGCAAAAUUUUUAGCCAGAAUGUGUGACGACGAGGUUGCAGCUCUUGUGGUUGACAAUGGAUCCGGAAUGUGCAAGGCCGGAUUCGCCGGAGACGAUGCUCCCCGAGCCGUCUUCCCCUCGAUCGUUGGACGCCCCAGACAUCAGGGUGUCAUGGUUGGUAUGGGUCAGAAGGACUCCUACGUAGGAGACGAGGCCCAGUCAAAAAGGGGUAUUCUGACCUUGAAGUACCCGAUUGAGCACGGUAUCGUGACCAACUGGGAUGAUAUGGAGAAGAUCUGGCACCACACCUUCUACAAUGAGCUUCGUGUAGCCCCAGAAGAGCACCCCGUCCUGCUGACUGAGGCCCCACUUAACCCCAAGGCCAACAGAGAAAAGAUGACCCAAAUCAUGUUCGAGACCUUCAACACUCCAGCCAUGUACGUCGCCAUCCAGGCCGUGCUCUCCCUCUACGCGUCUGGCCGUACCACCGGAGUCGUACUCGACUCCGGAGAUGGUGUCACUCACACCGUCCCCAUCUAUGAAGGUUAUGCCCUUCCCCACGCCAUCCUCCGUCUCGAUCUGGCUGGCCGUGACCUUACUGACUACUUGAUGAAGAUUCUCACUGAGCGUGGUUACUCGUUCACAACCACGGCUGAACGUGAAAUUGUCCGAGAUAUCAAGGAGAAACUAUGCUAUGUUGCCCUUGACUUCGAACAAGAGAUGGCCACCGCUGCCUCAUCAUCUUCACUUGAGAAAUCAUAUGAACUUCCUGACGGACAAGUUAUCACCGUAGGAAACGAGCGGUUCCGUUGCCCCGAGGCUAUGUUCCAGCCUUCCUUCUUGGGUAUGGAAUCUGCUGGUAUCCAUGAGAACUCGUACAACUCAAUCAUGAAGUGCGAUAUUGAUAUCCGUAAGGACUUAUACGCUAACACUGUACUUUCUGGCGGUAGCACAAUGUACCCUGGUAUUGCUGAUCGUAUGCAGAAGGAAAUGACUGCCCUCGCCCCUAGCACGAUGAAGAUCAAGAUCAUCGCUCCCCCAGAGCGCAAAUACUCUGUCUGGAUCGGAGGAUCUAUCCUGGCUUCCCUGUCCACCUUCCAACAGAUGUGGAUCUCCAAGCAAGAAUACGACGAGUCCGGCCCAUCCAUUGUCCACCGCAAAUGCUUCUAAAUGCCUCGUCUCUACCGUCAUCUAUAUCACCAUCACCAUCACCGACGCACGAACAGAUCAAAGCUAAUCCUUUCGAGGUGUUUAGUGUGUAUUAUG